CGAACUGGGCAGCACUGUUCAUACUUGUCAAACAGAUUAUUCUACGUCAGUGAAUAUACAUUCAGAUUUUUUCACUGUUUUCCACUUCGAAGUUGUUGCAAUCGUUGCAAAUUUUACAUUUCUUGCGAAAAAACGAUAAUCGAAAGCCACAAUUAUGUGAUACAAAUACAAUUUAGUUAAAACUUUAGGAAUUGCAACAUAUUUUGCAGGUGGAAAAGCAUUUUAAUGUAAAAGUAGGAUGAGUUGAAAACUUUAUGGAUUUGGCAAAUUGAAAGAAAGAAAAAGUGAAGUAAAACUAAAAAAUAAUACUUGAAAGUUGUAAAUUGGGUUGGCAUUGACUGGUGUGUCAUCGGCAACAACGCAGUAAAGGUAAAGUAGAUUUACGAUGGAACAACAGCACCUACAACUUGAAUAGAACAACAACCAUUGCUAUGGGCAGACUCUAACAAAGAAGUUGUUGUUGUUGUUAAGUUCCAAACGAGACAUAUAUCUGGUGGUUAGUGAUGGAGGUUGGCUUGCCCCUUUAGAAGCAACAUUAACUUUUGGUCUCACUUUCCAUUAAUUUGUACACUUUACACACAGCCACACUUGCUGCGACAUAUAAGUUAAUGGCAAACACCACAUUUCAAGUGGGGGCGGGGAGUUCAAAACGAAAGCAGAGCAAAAUACAUGCAACACGAAUUAACAAACAAAAAUAUUCAAACAUAAAUGUUACCCACACAAGGAAAUUGCGGAUAUUUACAUGGAUCUAGUGGUUGUGUUGAGAACAAAACGUAAUGAAGUAAAUAAACAACCGCUCGAUCGACUGAGCGAUAGAAUUAAAUUCGCAACAAUCGAAAGCAAACUCACACACAAAACAGUUCGUUUGAAUUCGAGUGAAUGCUCGACGCUGCGAUUCGUGCCAUAUGUGAACAACACUACUAAUUUAUCGCUGAUCUAGUGAAACUAUGAUACUACUACGGGGAAACACAUAUAUAUUGCUUGUACAUGUAAAUUUCAUUUAUCACAAAGCAGCAGCCACUGGAAUAGUAACUAAGAACCACGUAAUUGAAAAGUAAACUAAGAAAAUGUGUUGUUUACCACAAAUAUAAAUCACUCAACAACAAGCAUCACAUUUAAUUUCCUUGGAAAUUUUAUUCAACAAUUGGAAAGAUAAUAAAAAUAGCAAAUGAAAAAUGGAUACAGCCGAUGCUUUGAUGGAGGAGAAGAAAUUGCUGGCGGAAGGGAAAUAUCGUAAUUAUAUGUCAAAUAUUGAUAAAGCGUUACGAAACUUUGAAUAUUCAAGCGAAUGGGCUGACCUUAUAUCGGCGCUUGGCAAGCUUAGCAAGGCAAUAUCGGCAAUACACAAUAUCAAGUAAUUCCGCGUCGCAUAAAAAUCUCAAAACGUUUGGCGCAAUGCAUGCUCCAGCACUGCCAUCUGGUGUGCAUUUAAAAGCACUGGAGACCUACGAUGUUAUCUUCGGCAAAACGGCGCAGAGCGUUUGGCGCAAGAGCUUUUCAU